AUGGUUGGCCUGGAACUACAGGAGGAUGCCAUUCCCGACCCCUUGAACUUGGGAUUUGUAGAACCUAUUGAGGCCAACUUGCAAGCUCUAGAAGACGAGGUGCUGAGUGUAUUUUCACGUGAUCAAUUGAUCACGCCCAACCUCUUGCUGAAAAAUGGAGAGACCACGAUCAAUGCCGGGCUGAAGGCAAACGACUGGCCAACACUGGCGGAGUGUAGGGGCAAGAUCAUGUUCACUUUACAGGGCAAUCGUAUAACCGAGGGAAACCGUUACCCAGGAAACCUAGGGCCGCUGAGUGACCGGAUAUUUUUCCCUGACUCCAACCCUGACUCAGACAAUGGUGCUUAUGUAGUCAGGAACGACCCAGUCAACAGCCAGCGAGAUAUAACACAACUGGUACAAGACAACUAUCUCGUACGCACACGGGCCGAUGCAGACACGGUCGAGGCACGCAAAGGUGCAGUAGAUCGCCGCACUCUUGCCAUUGCUAGUGGUGCACAGUUUGUUUCUACAGACUAUCCCCAACCAAUGUCGGUACCAAAUAUCGAUUUCGGAUCGGGCUACGCUGUUAAUUUGCUGGCACGAUGUAAUCCUGUGACGGGCCCAGCGAACUGUCAAGUGACUCUGCUCACUCAAGCGCCGGUAACACCACAGAACAUCACUGUUCCCCGAGCCCCAACAGACGGGGGACUGGGUCUGGGCGAUAGCCUUAGUGGGGGUAUCAAACUGGACCAAGUUUUGAUAGCACUCGCAGAGGCCAUCCAGGGAAAUGAUAGCUCGACGUGGACUGAUGUUGAGAACGGCUAUGUGGCAUUGGCUUACGAACCAAGCUCAAGCGCACAGACCAUGCACAACAUGCCCCGAAUUGCGUCUUCCUCAGAGUUCAAUGACAACUCCGACUAUAUCAUGGGGCUGGUAUACAUAGCCAUUCCAUUCCUUGUUAUCGGUAUGAUAGGUGGUACGGAUGUGACAAGCUUCGGAAUGAAGUUGAUUGUGGUGUAG